CGUUAAUUUUUUUCUCAUUUUAAUUUUAAGUCUCUCCAUCACUAUCCACAACCAACCACAACCAACCUCAUUACUCUCAUCCAACCACAGCCAACCUAAUUACUAUCAACCACCAACAACAACCAACCCCAUUACUCCUUCAUCUAUAAAUUUGCUUGAUUUAAGCUUUCUUGUAUUCAUCCUCUCCUUUCAUUCUUUCAACGAAACCUUCAAAAUCAAAAUGGAACAAGAUUUGCCCACCUUCAUCCGCCCUUGCAAACUCCGAGGCAACUCUUCUGCAAGUUCUCGUCCUCUCAUUCCCGGCCCUGCUGGUGUUGUCCAGGCCGCCAUGAUUCAACGCAGCUCCACCACCGACGGACACCUCAUUCCAACCCAACAAUUUGUUAGGCGCGUCGUCGAAGACGGUCACGACACUGAUCCCGAUUUUCACUCCAAUGCUUGGCUUUCAGCCCUGCAAUUAGGCGGAUCUGCAACUCCUCUGGGUUCAAUCACUCACCAUCUAGAAAGGGUCGAUCUCAUCGUCGCAGUUAUCAAAUCAUGCACGCCAAACGGAUUCGGCGAUGUGUCAGUUACCCUGAAGGAUCCUACGGGCACUGUCGGUGCUAGUGUCCAUCACAAGGUUUUCACUGAAAGCGAAUUCGCGAAGGACAUAAAUGUUGGAUCUGUUAUGCUUAUCCAGAAGGUUUAUUAUUUCUAACCGACUUGACUAUUGUUUCUACUUC